AUGACAGCUAACAAUGCAGAUCAGGUCGUCUUUGAUAAGGUUGCUGAAAUCAAUGCAUCCAAAGAGUCUUGGAACAUACGUGUUAAAGUCGUCAUGCUUUGGAAGCCGACCUAUAUAAACAAUCCUAAUAUGGUCGCAAGCCUAGACAUGAUUUUAAUUGACCAGGAGGAUGGUAAUAACGAAAUUUAUCCAUCUGCUACAUGGCAAUGGAGGGAGUUUCAAAAUAUCCAGUUACCAUCAUCUGUUUAUCCUGUUUCUCAUGAAGCAGUUACAAGUGGCGGUGUCGUUUACUUCUUAUUAUCUAAUGAUACCAUAUUGCGAUUUGAUAUUUAUUCAGAAGAACAUAUACUCAUAUUUACACCUUCUAUUAUUAAUGACUUCAGACCGUAUGCAUCGAGACUGAUCAAGUUUCACGGAAAAUUGGGAUAUUUCUCUGUAAGUGGAGAUAAUUUGUGGGCUAUUUGGGUUUUCAUUCAAAAUCGGUGGGUUAAAGUAGAUGUUAGUAACUACAAUGAAGGUGCACAUGAAUGGUGGGAUUAUAGAAACAGUACCCUAUAUUUCUUUAAAGGAAAUACGAUUGAGUAUGUGGUUCCGGCACAUCCUUCUCAACAAGUUUUUUCAAUCCGUUCUGAUUUUGAUAAAGUGACUAUGCCAAGUAGAUAUUAG